AUAGAAUAUUGAUCUGUUGAAGAGCUAUGAUGGAUGCAAUGAGAGGACAAGGAGGCAUUCAGAUGCUGCUAACUGCAGAACAAGAGGCUCAACAAAUUGUUUCAGCUGCUAAAAAUAGCAAAAUGGCCAAGUUGAGACUGGCCAAAGAAGAAGCUGAAGGCGAAAUAGGACAAUAUCGUGCGAAUUUGGAAGCAGAGUACCAAAGGAACAUAUCUGAGAAAAGUGGGAACUCCGACUUCACAUUGAAACGUCUUGAGACAGAAACUGAGACCAAAAUUCGGGACUUGAAGGACUCUGCCUCAAAAGUAUCGGCAGAUGUUGUUGCAAUGCUCAUCAAGUACAUUACAACUGUGAAAAAUUGAUCCAUGAAGGUGGUGAUGCUGAUGGAGUGUGCAAUUGUACAAAGGGCAAUAACUUGCAAGAGGACAUUCAAUGGAGCUGGUCAAUAGUGAUAUUUUGACAUUUUUGGAGAUCUCUGUUGCCUGCUCUAAUAGUCAUUUCAAUCUAUUUUCUCUAC